AUGGUGCAGGGCAUGCUGUUCUCGUCUCUUCAGAGUGGCAGCGCGGCGGAUCCGGUGAACCCGGUGAUACCGAAGCGCGACGCUGCGGGCGUCCAGCUGCAGCACACGCGGAGUCACUCCUGGAACCCCCAAAGGGGAGUUGGCUUUACCCCUGCCGGCUUUGGCACCUUUCUGACCAAAAAGGAGCGGAAGAAGGCGUGGACGGUUUUUCUGCACAAGAAUACCCACGCGUUUGCCCUCAUUGUGUGCGCCUGCAGAUCCUCUUUGGCGACGCGAGAGCCACAGGUAGGGUCCGUGCUGCUUACCUUCCUUUACAAUGUCUUGAGGCACAUGUCGGGGGAUAAGCAGCGUAAGGCGGUGGCGUUGUGCGAGAAGCUUGGCAUUAUCCGUGUAUGCACGUCGGUGCUUCAGGAAGGGAAGCGCCGGCUGCGUCCCGCAGAUGUCGAUGCCGCCUUUGUUGCAUCUCUCCGCGGGUGCGAGGCGGCUGCGCUGCUCUUCACCCUUGGUAGCACCUUCAACGUCAAGUUGUGGACCCUUUUCCGUCUUUCACAGAGCCUCGAGUGCACGUUUGCCUGCGCGUCCGUAACGUUCCGCCUGCUGGAGGCGGAGUUUGCCACGUACCACGCGUCACUGCAGUCCGACCUUUGCCAGAUCACCACGGCGGCGGCACUGGAGGAGUACACGUUGAAGCACACCCGUAAAGAAACGCUGACGGCGCUGCGCCGCUUUCAGUCGCGCACGCAAUGGACCUGCACGGCCUUUUCCCACCUCUGCUUCACGCUUUUCGCCUUCACUGGGAACUCCGCGUCGGCUGUCGAUCUUGGCGCGCGCGGGACGGAGCUCUGCGCGACUGCCAUUGCCAUGAGCACUUUUUUUUUGACACAAAUCGCGCCGCUGCUGCUGAUGAGCGUAAGGUACGAUGCGUCAGAGAAGACACGACACCCGGAUGCCGGAUCGCUGGUAUCCAUCGAUGCCGAACACUGGGUGCCAUCGUGGGUGAUGCGGCUUAUGCGGCGGGUGGAGUUCAUGUUGCUGUGGUGUGUAGCGUUGAUGCAGCGAUUGACAAACUUCGACAAGGUUCGUCAGAUGGCGGCUGAGGUUGCAUUGCGCUUUCACGUGCCGCGCGGCAUCGUCUUCUACCUGUUGCCACCGUCACACCACAUGUUGCAGAUGUCACCCCGGCGAGAGUGCGUCCACGUUAUUCUGCUCCUGCUGAACGCAUUGCUGGCGGCAGACAGGGAGGCGGUGCUGGCGGACAUAAAGGACCUUGGCGGGCUGACGGUUGUCGUGGCGAGCGUCUUGGCGUUGUCUGAGAAGUCGUCGCAGCAGUGGCACCACUUCUACCUCCAGUUGUGCUCUAUUUACGGGUACACGGUGCUGCCGUCAUGGAAAGGCCGCGCCGCAUGCUACGUUGACGAGCGCUUGCCGGUAUCCCUGCGUCGCCAAUUCGACGUUGCCAAGGCCCCAGGUGGAAAGUCUCAGCUGUCGGAACCCGUGAACAGCGGUCACAGCGCGGUCGAUACGAGGACAGACGCCUCUCAGGCGUGCCUGUCGUCGACGCAGGCGUCGCUGGCUCAGUGUGCGGGUCGCUCGACGGAGACUGUGUUGGACUCGAUCAUCUCUUCUUCGCUCACAGCAGCGCGUUCGGGAUGCGGGGGUUUGGAUAAUUAUCUCCUGCUCGUAGACAUCCGCCCAGAUGUGUUCUCGCCAGAGCUGCGCAGCGGCGACGUUGAUCCUGUGUCGGAGCUGGUGGCGUUCGACCGCUCACAGCUGCUGUGGCCGUUCAAGGAUGCGGCACCGCCAACGACGGCGACGAGCUGGAACGGCACCUCCUCCUUUGUUGCUGCAGCCGCAGAGGACGCGCAUCUCAGCGUGCCGCUGAUCAAUGUGUCGGAGGAAGACCGGGUUCGGGUGCUGCGCCACCACAUCGCGCGGCUUACACUCUUGGACGAAGCGGCGUGCGAUGGUGGUCCGACUCCGCAUGUGCACAAGGUGGUGUUCGAGCGACUGAGCAGCGCGUCGCCCAGCGCAGCUGGCGACGCAGCCGGUGCCGUUCAGCAGAGCGCUGACGGAGUCGAGUUCUUUUCGGACUACGAGAGCGGCAACCUGCAGCGCGCCGUCGAAGUGACCGACAGCGAGUACGACUUAGUCCUUUCCUGGGACACAGCCACCAACUCUUACACUCAGUGGUUCAAUUUUGGCAUGCGCCACUUCACCCCUGGCAAAACGUACCGCUUCAAUAUCCUGAAUAUGGAAAAGGGUGACUCUACCUUUAACGAGGGCCAAAAGCCACUUAUGUUGCACGUGCCGGACGGCGGAAACCCUUCCGACCCCAGCGCGCCGCGGCCCAAGUGGACUCGAACCGGGGAGAGCAUCUUUUACUUUGGCAACGCGUUCGUUCGUCCUGCGCGCGCGCACUACUUCGCGAAAACCGGGGAGACCGCCAGCACUUCGGCGGCAUCCCCACUCUCCGUGUCUCCGCGACCUCCAUCACUGUCGGUAAACACGUGUUCGCCGGUUUCGCACUUCGGCGGGCGUGCACCGCCACCGGUGAUUGCGAAGAAGCGCGUUCCGGCACCCCCCGCACCGCCACCGCCGCCCACGACGCCGCCGUCGGUUACCGCCGCCACAUCUGCAGAAUCGGGGGCGCUGAAGCAGAAGUGCUACUACACCGUCACUUUCUCUGUAACCAUGCCAACAACGAUGGCCGGAACGGUUUACCUUGCCAACUGCUUCCCGUUCACAUACACCGAGAUGCGAGAGCAUCUCGCGUGGCUGGCGAGGGAGGCUCACGCGUGCCCAACACGCUCGCUGCUGCCGCAGUGCUUGUGCUGGACACCGGGUGGGUUGCAGGUGCCGCUGCUGACGGUGACAGCGCUGCGUAACCGAGAUACCGGGGAGCCGUACACCGCGGACGAAAUACGGCGUCGCCCCAUCGCGCUGCUUGUGGCGCGUGUGCACCCUGGCGAAACGAACGCCAGCUGGGUCAUGCAGGGUCUUCUGGAUACCCUUCUCUGCCCGCCAGCGGGGGCCGCAGACUACGCAUCCCACCUGUGUGACAACUUUGUCUUCAAGGUGAUACCCAUGCUGAAUGCUGACGGUGUGAUCAUGGGCAAUCAUCGCUGCUCAUUCGCCGGCGCAGACCUAAAUCGAGACUACACGAAUCCUAAGGCAGAUUUCAACCCCACUCUCUACGCGAUGAAGCAGUUGCUGCGAUACUGGACGAGCGAGGAGAGGCGUCAGGUUGUGAUGUUUGCCGACUUUCACGGUCAUUCGCGAGCCAAGAACUUUCUUGUAUAUGGGUGCACCAUGAACACGAUACGAGGCGUCGCCACGCACUCCCGCCAGAAAGGUAGAAGAGUAGGUGAUGGCGGUCGACGCUGUCGCACUCGGAAAGCGUCCAGCACGGCUCCUGCUGGCCCGGAGAAGGUCGUUGCUGCCUUGCUAUCACAGCUGUUCCCGUCCUUCUCCCUCUCGCAGAGUUCCUUUGCUGUAACCAAGGACAAGAAGGGGUCUGCGCGUGUUGUCCUCUAUGACGAGUUUGGUGUGCGCAUGAGCUACGGCUUCGAGGCAACAAUGGUGGGUGGCCUGGUCUGCGUUCCUGAGCUGCUGCGAGUGAGCACUGGCACCCACGAAGAUGAUGCUGCUGCACCGGUGUCGGCCGUGGGCAAGGCGGAGGUGCACUACAGUCCCACCGUAUUUCGUGCCAUGGGGGACGUCUUUCUGCGGGCGUUGUCAAUUCUUUUUCGACAAUGGGCGGUGCUUACGGCGCUGGGGGCGGACAGCGGCUACAGCGAUCGAAAGAGCGGCCCAAGUGAUGUGCUCAAGUCAGCGGCGCUGCAACUGUCGUGGAGUAUGACCGCUGCCGCUGGAUGUGGCCGUGAUCCACCGAAGAACCCUUUUUCACCCUCCUCCAGGGAGUCCGGUGGGGCUUUUCCGCGGGCGGGACAAUACGCGGCAGCAACACGAGGAGACCGACGAGUGGGGUCUCCGGUUCGUGCCGGCGCGUCGGCGGCACCGAACGAAGCCGGUAGCGGGCUAUCUCUCGUCCCCAUGGAGGGCCAAGCGGAGGCACUGGACUACCUGUUCAUGGCAGACUGCCGCGAGGGGGGAACAGCAGGCAGGGAUGACGACGGCCAAGACGAAGAGAGCAUUGUGAGCGGCAGCGAUAUCUCUACGGAGGAGGACAGCGAUGAUGCUGAGAUGGAGGAUGAUGAGCUGCUCGCUACGACGAGCGCGAGACGCACGCGGAGGAGGCGUGCAGAGGCUCAGUAUGCCGGGAACGUAUCUGAGGUUAGCGAACAUAGCGCGUCCUCGCCCGUCGGCUCUGGUAGCGACGACCAAGACUGGUCGGGCUGCAACUCCUCCGGCAGCGCCGCUGGCGACUCUGACGAUGGCCGAAGUAGCGUGAGCAGUGUUGAUGAGGAGAUUCCUACGAAUCUAUUCACGUAG